AUGGCAUCUCCGCUGCCUGCUGCACAAUGGUGGCGCAAGCCAUUCGGAAUGUUCCAAACCAACCUACGGGAGAUCAACGCUGAUAUGGACGUCGAGAAAGCACUGGAUUUUAUCGAGGCGCAUGGUGCACAGGCGUGGCUCAUCGGCACGGGAGGCAUCCUGGCGUACUAUCCGACCGACCUCCCUUUCCAGUUGCGCAACCCGCUCCUGACGAAGCGCACAAGUGGAGACUUGGUCGGCGACGCGAUCAUAGCUGCGCACAAGCGCGGCAUACGCUUGCUUUGCCGUAUGGACUUUUCCAAAGUGCAACCAUCUGUUGCUACCGAACACCCGGACUGGUGCUUCCGCUCCCCUACUGGUGAACUGCAGACACACACCGGCGAUCUCGUCUCAGUCUGCCCAUGUGGACCCUGGUAUCAAGAAAAGGUGUUCGAAAUCCUUGCCGAGGUCACCACUCGAUAUCCGGUCGAUGGAGUCUUCUUCAACUGGAUGAGCUUUAACGAGACAGACUACAACAAAGUGUACCACGGUGUUUGCCAUUGCCCGACGUGCGUACGAGAGUUCCCACUCAAGACGGGUAUCAAAGACCUACCCGACGGUCCCCAGUCAUCGAGUUACGAAACAUGGCUCAAGUUCUCUAAAGGCGUGAUUGACGAUCUGACCGGUCGGAUUCGGGCGUUCAUCUCUGAGCGUGCGGCUAACGCAGGCCUCAUCCUCGGCACAGCGGCAGAUAUUAUGUUCCACGAAGCAAAUAACGCACUUGGACGCGAACUGUGGCACCAUGCGACCAGCGAGUGGGUCUCAGCCUUUCGCUCGUACCGCCCAGACGUACCAGUCCUCGUCAACAGUGUUACCUUUCUUGACAUGCCGUAUCGUAUGGCAGGAGAAGAGCCGCAUCAAUUCGCGCAAUAUCUCGUACAGACUAUCUCACGCGGUGGCAACCCUUCGACGUAUAUUAUGGGAGCACCGGAACAAAUUCCCUAUCCCUGCUACGAGCUUGCCGGGCAAGUGACGCGCUUUCACAAGAAGUGGAAGGACGAAGUGUACACUGGCAUGGAUCCUUGCGCUAAGAUCGGACUGGUGCGGCCGGAUCGUCUCCAACAGACAGCAGAUCAAUACUCUCAGUCACAGAAAGAGUUUCGUGGGCUCUACUCUGGUCUGCAACAACGCCACAUUCUAUUCGAUGUUAUCGCGCAAGAGUUCAUACCCAGCAUGGCUCAAAACGGAGGCAUUGGACGAUACGAAGUCAUCAUUCUUCCCGAUCUCGGAAAGCUUUCUGAAGACACCGUCACGGUUUUAGACGAGUUGGUCGAUAACGGCCAUAAUGUCAUCCUGACUGGAGCCAGUGGUAUGGCACAAGAUGGUUUCCAGUUAAAAUGCUCCCCAGCAGUGGCGUGCAGGAGAAUCAUUAACAAGCGAGAACAGAUUUGGUCAUCCUAUGUGUGUCCUGUGCAAGCACAGGGCGACCUUCAAGUUUAUCCUGCCCCAGUUGUUCCCCUUUACGGAGCUUAUUACUUCUGCGAUUGGAAGUCGAAUACUACCUCCUAUCUCAAGAUGCUCGAACAAGCACCGUUUGCACCCCCUGAAAAGGCAUAUGGGAAUAAGCAGGUAGACGAGCCUGGAUAUUUCAUAGGAAAGUAUGGACAAGGCCAGAUCGCAUACGUUCCUUGGACAGUCGGACGGGCGUACCACGACCUUGGAUUGACGGUUAUCCGUGACAUGUUCUGCGAUAUCAUCGGCGAUCUGCACGCCACAGAUGUCAUCUCCACAGAUUUGCCAGAACAAGUGGAAAUCACCCUCAACAGAAAUGCAAAGGACCUCAUUGUUCACAUCAACAACAUGUCGGGUGCUCGAAAGUCGAAUUUUGGCCCACCCAUUCCGAUCCGUGGAAGUACUCUCACGAUAUCCGGAGCCAAGAACUCAGUAACUGCGAGGAGUUUGAUACACGACGCUGAGUGCGAGGUCAUCUCGCGACAAGCUAAUGUCGUCAUUUUGCUGCCCGAAGUAGGCAUUUUUGAUGUUAUUGUUUUGGGCGGGGUGUAG